AUGCAGAAAGGCUCGCUUGUCUUUGACUUUGGCUUGCGCACGAUCCCAACGGUUAACUACUCCUCUCAGGUUGUAUAUGAUGCCAACAAACUUUCGAAGUUGGUAGAAAAGAAGAAAACCAUGAAGAACUGGUUGGAUUUUUAUAAGCUAAAGUAUGAAAGAAAUUCAUCGAAAAAACCAACUUGCAAGACUCGUUUCUUCGGGCUCUGUGGUGCGAAGGUGGAUGCAAUUGAUUACUACACAUCAGAGAUUGACAAGUUAUCAAAAGAUGAGGUUAAAGAACGCGAUAGGCUUAAGAAAGACCCAAAAUCCGUGAUGCCAGCAGCAUUUGUUUCAUUUAGAACUCGUUGGGGUGCAGCCGUCUGUGCUCAAACACAACAGACCAGAAAUCCAACUAUGUGGUUAACUGAGUGGUCUCCUGAACCUCGUGAUGUUUAUUGGAGCAAUCUCUCCAUUCCUUUUGUUAACCUGACUAUCAGGCGGCUGGUAAUUGGAGUUUUGUUCUUCUUUCUUACUUUCUUCUUCAUUAUCCCCAUUGCUAUAGUUCAAUCUCUGGCAAACAUCGAGGGCAUCGAGGAAGCUGUUCCGUUUUUGAAGCCUUUGAUUGAAGUGCCCUUUAUAAAGUCAUUCAUCCAAGGUUUUCUUCCUGGAAUUGUUCUAAAGAUUUUUCUAAUCUUUCUGCCAAUGAUCCUGAUGAUCAUGGUCAAGUUUGAAGGAUUUAUAUCUUUAUCAUCUCUUGAGAGAAGAGCAGCCACAAAAUAUUACAUGUUUUUGUUUGUGAAUGUAUUCCUUGGAAGCAUUAUUGCAGGGACUGCAUUUCAACAAAUUGAUACUUUCAUUCAUCAGUCAGUCAGUGACUUCCCAAAGACCGUCGGCAUAGCAAUUCCACAAAAAGCCACAUUUUUCAUAACAUAUGUAAUGGUUGAUGGUUGGGCCGGAGUUGCAGGCGAGAUUUUGAGACUAAAACCUUUGAUAGUGUACCACUUGAAGAACAUUUUCUUGGUAAAGACCGAAAAGGAUAGAGAGGAGGCCAUGGAUCCUGGGAGUAUUGAAUUUAAUGCUAAUGAACCUAAGAUACAACUAUAUUUCUUACUCGGUCUUGUUUAUGCUGUCGUCACGCCCUUCUUGCUUCCAUAUAUAAUGGUUUUCUUCGGCCUUGCGUAUCUCGUUUUUCGACACCAGAUCAUAAAUGUCUACAAUCAGCAAUAUGAGAGCGCAGCAGCAUUUUGGCCAAAUGUUCAUGGCCGUAUAAUCACUGCAAUGGUUGUGUCUCAGAUUGUUCUUAUGGGACUGCUAAGCACUAAAGAAGCUGCUAAUUCAACGCCUGUCCUCAUUGCUCUUCCAAUCCUGACAAUAUGGUUUCAUAAUUUCUGUAAGAACCGGUUUGAAUCCGCUUUCAGAAAAUAUCCGUUGCAGGAAGCAAAGAUGAAGGACACAUUGGAACGCACAAGGGAGCCUAACCUGGACUUGAAAGGUUAUCUUCUAAAUGCAUAUGUCCAUCCUGUGUUCAAAGAGGUUGAAGACUAUGAAGAUGUCUCUGUAUUUGAUGAGGAAGACUACGAACAUAUGAUGGUUCCUACCAAGCGAACAUCUCGAAAAACUACGCCGGCUCCGAGCAAAUAUUCUGCCACAUCAUCAUCUUCGCUCCUCGAUGUUCAUGAAGAACAUCAUUUUCGAUAGGUCGGAAUGUUAUCAUCAAAGUUUGAUUGUGGAUGGGCCUUAGAACCGUGGGAUUUGCUUUGAGGUGAGUGUAAUAUAUGAGGAAUCCGCGAUAAGUUCAAUUGAUUUUAUACGAAAAGAAUUUGUGGUAUAAAAUUCAUGUCAAUUUUAUUGUUCUGAUGAGUCUCAAAGUCGUUGAAUUUAUGUUGAGAUGGUGUAAUAUAUGAGAAAAUAAUUAUGAUUUGCAAUCUACUAUUAAUCUCAACGUAAAUUCAACGGCUUUUAGACUGAUC